ACAUUCAUACCCUAGUUUUGAUGCCUCAACUCAUUAAUUGUUUUAGUAGUCCCCAUUCUGUUUGCAUCGUUACAGAUGUACCCGUACUUCUCGGACAAAGACUGUUGGUUUGUUGCUAAUCAUUUCGCCUAAAUUAUGCUUCAAGUACUUUCUCUAUUUCCACUACCGUUGGGCGACCUCCACUCAGGAAACGAAUGUCAUCUUCCUCAAUACCCCCAACAUGCAUCAUUACCGAAAACCCUGAUAUUGCUGGCAUCGGCGUCCGUCUUUCAAUCUACCUUCCAGCUAUACUCGUGACACUAAACUCUGGCUUUGUCACUGGUAAAGUCUUUGUGGACUUCCUUACAGGCAAAUUUUCCGAAUACGUUCCACCUGCUCCUCUCAAGUCACCGCUGGCUGGUGAUCACCACAACUCCGCGUCGGGUUCCAAUAUCGAACUGGAUGACCUCGGAGCAGCAGAUCAUCUGCAGCGUCCCUCCUCCCCUGUGAGGUCUACUAGGUCCUCUGUAUCCUCUAUUCCUUCAUGGGAUAGUAACAAUAGCGACCGGAGAAAACUACGCGGAUACCUUGCCUAUGUAUCCGACCACCCACACUACUUCGAGUCCGCUAAAUCCCUUGAGCGCUCCCUCUUCCUCAUUGGUUCCGCAAUAAUAGUCGGCGCAUUUCUCGAUGCCCGAGGAGUUACAUCCAACAUAGGUCUGCCUCCUUACCAUGCCCUCCUCGUCCUCAACCUAUCCCUACUCAACAAUCUCGCUGGUUCAUCCUUCCUUUUCUUUCGGAUCGGAGCGAUUUUCGCUACAAUUGAAUUGGAUGACAAGGACGAAGAGAACGAAGGGUUCAUGUCCAAGACCAUAUGGUGGUCGGUCAGAUUCUUCGAUGUUUUUGGUCUGUCGUUGUUCCAGACAGUGGUCAUUAUCGCGUUUGGGAUAUGGUUCUGGGUGUCGACUACGUUUUACCAUUCAUUUAGCGGGUAUAAUAUGACGAACAGCACAUUGUUAUCCUCGCCGACGUAUAAUUCUACAUUGGCCGCAUCUUCCGAGGGACCCUCGGACCCAUCGCAAUGCGUAUCAGAAACCUUCUACUGGGCGUUCAUCGAGAUACCCGUCGAGUCGACGCUCUCUAUCCAAAUCAUCUCUUUCAUAUUUUAUAUCGGAACAGUUCUAGUCCCCUUUCUCGGUCCGCUCGUCACAAUAAUCCCCACCGUCAUCUUAUUCAGAUCAGUACCACUAUUCCUAGGACUCAUAUCUUCAUCCAUUAUAUACCUUUUUGGUAUAAUCAUACCACGUUUAACCACCCGCCUCAUAUACACCCUCCUCCCUAAAAUUUUCCGCCUCUCCAUAAUCCUUCCCUAUCCCCGCUCAACCCAACCACUCUUCCCCACCCGCCUCUCACCCUCAGCAAUCUCCACAAAACUUAUGUUUCUCGCUGUGAUGAUAACGAAUCAAUGCACAGUCGUGUUCCUUAUCAUCUCCACUGAGAAAACUAUUUCCAUAAAUUCCGCCUCGAAGAGGGGAACGGUGGUGAUUAACGGAGCGCAGUGGACGUAUGGACAGACGCUGGCGUUGAUGAGUGCGCUGAUUGGGGUAUUUAUGUAUGUUGCGGAGGUGGUGGGACAUUGGAGAGAGGCGUGGAUCGAGCGAAGGAAGAGGAUGAGGGAGAUGAAUGACGUUGACGUCGAGAAUGAAGGAGAUGGUUGAUCAAUUCACGUACUCGAUUACCGACUUCUUCAUUCCUAAAUUAUCAUUGUGCUGAGCGUUUCAGAAGUUCGGUGUGCCUUCCAUAUCCUCAACGUGGAUUAUACAAAGAUUAUCAUGCUACACCAGGCUACACCGCGCACACUACUCCGA